GCGGCGAAUAGUGGCUGCGUAGAGCCCACCUGGCGUUGGACUGUCGCGGCGUCUUUCCAGCGUCACCCGCUAAUUACUCAGCCCAAGAUUUAUGGGCAAAGGAAGCACAACUCUUAUUAUGUAUCAGUGCCCUGACUUCUUUUUAUGCUGUUCUGGUGUAGAAUUCAAAGGAGUUUACUCCAUGUUAUUUUAAUUUCAUCUCAGUUACAGCAUGAAAGUGACAACAUUAUUCUCCUGCAGUUUAACAACAGUGUUCCUUUCUUCUAUUAAAGCAGAUCACUGCAAUGUAUAUAAUCUGAACAGCAAGUUACAGCAUUUUGUACUUGAAGGCCAACCUUUGGCUAUCAACUGUUUGUUGAGCAAAAUGCCAAAUCUGGAGUUUGGAGAGCACAGCUUGACCUGGUACCAAGCUGGCCAUCACACCCCUGUGCUGGAAGACCCACAUUCCAGAAUUCAGCAGCAGGCAAGCUCCAUUUGGUUCCUUCCUGCUGUUUUAGAAGAUUCAGGGUCUUACGAAUGUGCUAUAAGGAAUUCGACGCACUGCAGCAAAAUGUAUGUAAAAUUAACAGUAUUUCGGAACAGCAAUGGCUCAUGUUUCAAUGCCAAGUUUGCCAUCCCUCAGUCUGUGUACACAUCAACAAAUUCAAAAAUUGUGUGUCCUAAUCUGAAUGAUUUCAGAAAUGAAAACCACCUUUUACCCGUUCUCUGGUACAAGGAUUGCAAGUUAAUUAAGGACAGAAGAUUUCAGCUUUUGGAUAACUACCUUAUGAUUGCUAAUACGACUAUGGAAGAUCAAGGAAACUAUACAUGCCAUGUGCCAUUCAAUUACAUGGGAAAACAAUAUAAUGUUUCAAGAGACAUAAGCCUACAAGUUACAGAAAGCCCUCCAAGGAACCCUCCAGAGAUUUUUUCCCCGAGAAACCACUCAGUUGAAGUAAAACUUGGUUCUAAUAUCAUAAUUGACUGUAAUACAUCAGGUGCUGAAGUAGAUCAUGUGUUCUGGACAGUGAACGAUUCCUACAUUGAUCACUAUUAUAAGCAUAGCAAAAAUGUUUUUGAAAUUUAUGAGAAAGAAAUUUUCCUUCAAGGGAAGUCUUUUUUAACAGUGAGACUGAACAUUUCAAAAGUCAGUGACAAGGAAUAUGAAAAUGUGUUUGUGUGUCAUGCUUUGAAUUCUUUUGGUCAAGCUGUAGCACAUGUUAUGCUCAGACACAAAGUCCCAGAUUUUCGUGGACCACUGAUUGGAAUCUUUGUAGUGGGGUUUCUCCUAACAACAGCUACUAUAUUAUUCUACACUUUCUUCAAGGUAGAUAUUGUUCUCUGGUAUCGGAGUUUCCACUGUCCUUUUACAAGUAAAGAAGUUUCAGAUGGGAAGACCUACGAUGCCUUUGUCUUGUACCCAACAACCAAUGCAGUGGCUUACAUGUACCACUUGGAUAACUUUGUUCUAAAUCUGCUACCUGAGGUUUUGGAGCAACAGUGUGGAUACAAGCUUUUUAUAGUUGGAAGGGAUGAUAUACCAGGGCAAGCUGUGGUCAGCAUAACUGAAGAUACUAUUCAACAAAGCAGAAGGCUGAUGAUCAUUUUGGAGCCAGAACUAUCAAGCUGCAGCAGGUUGGAAGAAACAUCAGAACAGCACAUAGCCAUGUACAAUGCACUUGUUCAUUGUGGUAUUAAAGUGAUACUGAUUGAAAUGGAGAAGAUAGAGGACUACACAAACAUGCCAGAGUCGAUUAAAUACAUUAAACAGAAACAUGGGGCAAUCCAGUGGAAAAAGAACUUUGCAGAAGAAUCUCAAUUGGCAAAUACACGAUUCUGGAAAAAUGUGAGGUAUCGAAUGCCACCCAGAAGAACAGUGUCUCUUUCAGAAAUCCACUUAUUGCCACAGGUUCAUAGCAAUCCAGUAAUGACUAUCACAAGGUGACCACAACAAUGUAGUCAAUCUGUCAGUUUUAGGACACCCAAAGCAUCCUAGAUUAAUCUUUUUUUAAAAAAAAAAUGACUGAGCAACUGGUUUUGGGCCGCCCUGAGUGCAGUUCCAUUUUGUGUGGCCAGUGCAUACAGUACAUGUCCUGUAACAGGAUUUAGGUUGAGAAGCCCUCUCAUCCUUCAAGAUGGCAGCUCUGUAGACUGGUACACAUGGCUCAGUUCUCACAGGUACAAAGCACAGGGAGUCUGAAGUGUUAAGCCAGGAGAAUAGGGUCUUUCCUCGGACAGUGCUUGACAACCAGUGGGCCCAGGCUUUCUGCUUCCCUGCAGCGUGUUUACUGUAUCAGCAGAGAGAAAGAGCCGUUGUACACAACGUGAAUUAUGAUCUGCAAAGCAAUCAUCUUAUUUUUGAAAUCAAAGAACUAUGUACAUCAAAUGGGCUGAUUUGGAAAGCUUGAUAAAGAGUAUAAGAAAUGUCUGAAGAAAUGUUACCAAAUACGCUGGAUUCAUUUUUUAAUACUUAAUACAGUUCAUGAAAUAAUUGGAUGAUAAAUUAUGAACAUGGGGAAGGGGCUGUAGCUCAGUGGUAGAGCAUCUGUUGGCAUGCAGAAGGUCCCAGGUUCAAUCCCCAGAAUAUCCAUUUGAAAGGAUUAGGUAGUUAAUGAUGUCAGACACGUUCACCUGAGGCCCUGGAGAGCUGUUACCAGUCUGAGUAGCUAAUACUGACCUUUAUGGAAUAAUGGUCUGAUUCGGUAUAUGGCAGCUUCAUGUGUUCAUGUGUACCGUUUUAUAUUAGAUUGUGUAUUUUCUAUAUAACCUGCAGUAAAACAUUAAACCAAAAUACUGAAAGUGA